AUGGGGGCCGCCAUCUUGCCUGUCCGCCUCGUGCAAGACAUGGGGGCGGCCAUCUUUCUCGACAUCACCUCGCCCUGCCCCCGACCCACCAGUGCUUACUGGGCAUCAAGACGGCGGUUCAACUCUGGCCUCUGUCAAAGGCUUAAUUGCUAUGGAGGCUUUGUUUUACUUCUAAGGAAUAAUGUCUUUCUUGACAUGGUGCUGGGGGCUUACUUUGCUUGGCAGGUGGCUGAAGCUGAAGCACCCAGAGGCCAGACAGCAUGUGCACAGUUCACUAACCCAGGACUGGAGCAGGAAGCUGAAGCACCCAGAGGCCAGACAGCAUGUGCACAGUUCAGUAACCCAGGACUGGAGCAGGAAGCUGAAGCACCCAGAGGCAAGACAGCACGUGCACAGUUCACUAAUCCAGGACUGGAGCAGGAAGCUGAAGGACCCAGAGGCAAGACAGCAUGUGCACAGUUCACUAACCCAGGACUGGAGCAGGAAGCUGAAGGACCCAGAGGCAAGACAGCAUGUGCACAGUUCAGUAACCCAGGACUGGAGCAGGAAGCUGAAGCACCCAGAGGCCAGACAGCAUGUGCACAGUUCAGUAACCCAGGACUGGAGCAGGAAGCUGAAACACCCAGAGGCCAGACAGCAUGUGCACAGUUCACUAACCCAGGACUGGAGCAGGAAGCUGAAACACCCAGAGGCAAGACAGCAUGUGCACAGUUCACUAACCCAGGACUGGAGCAGGAAGCUGAAACACCCAGAGGCAAGACAGCAUGUGCACAGUUCACUAACCCAGGACUGGAGCAGGAAGCUGAAGCAGCGAGAGGCAAGACAGCAUGUGCACAGUUCACUAACCCAGGACUGGAGCAGGAAGCUUAAACACCCAGAGGCAAGACAGCAUGUGCACAGUUCACUAACCCAGGACUGGAGCAGGAAGCUGAAACACCCAGAGGCAAGACAGCAUGUGCACAGUUCACUAACCCAGGACUGGAGCAGGAAGCUGAAGCAGCGAGAGGCAAAGCAGCAUGUGCACAGGAAGAUGUACAGGCUCCUUGCACAUUGCUUGAGCUCUCUACUGAACUUGAAAAACAAUGUUACAUUGGGCCUGUCAAUGCUACAAAUAAUCUUGUAAAAAUAUCGCCUUGUUUUCUAAAUUUUUGGCAUUGUUUUUCAAAUAUUCCUUUCUGAGGGAGGGAAUGCAGAGACAACACAGGUCUAUAAAUCAUUUUCACAUCCCCCUGACACUCCACUCAUUCACUUUAUCCUGCUAAUUUUAAAAAUAUGACUUCUGGACACAAUCCUUCAUCGAGAGGAAUUUGGAGUCUUCAAGCAGUUAAGCUUAAUCUUUGGCACUUCUUGAGAUUCUAAAUACAGAUAAGCCAUCAUGGAUAUUUCUUC